UCCCCUUGACUGGCUUUCCCCUUUCUUUCUUUAUUCACGCGGUGAAUGACUGGAAAAAACUUUGACUUGUUCAUUUUCCAGUUUAUGUCAUUGACUUCUUGUCAAGGAUCUUGACGCGUCGCGCGCAAUUGAAUUUGUUAUCAUCACCAGCUCCAUCUUUAACACACUCGCACCACCACUGAUCUGUUUGCGCUUCAUCAGAUGCAGCAGUAGUCUCUCAGUGUUACACUUCAUCUAUCUAUCUAUCUGCAAGCCACUAUGCCGCUGCUGUCUUGUUCCGGUUCGUCGGCUUCAUCAUCAAGUCGCCACAUACUUCGCCGCCACCGCACCACUUGCGUCAUCAUCAACAACAUUAACUUGUUCAUCUCUCUCGUCGUAUUCCUUAUUCUUUUCGCAGCAGUCAACCCAGCAGCAGCGGAAACAAGUUCAACUUUGAGCUCACCACCCACGAAAACUACAACACUGCUGCUCACUACUACAGCGACGAUAGCAGCCGGAACAGACGGCUACAAAUACAUUGGUUGUUACAACGAGACCACCGCCGGCCUCUCGGGAACAGGUGGUAGUGGAACUAGGGCGCUGUAUGGCGGCAUCAAUGAGGUGUUGCCGGGGGUGAUGACGGUGGAGAAAUGUUUGGGGUUCUGUAAGGGUGGGAUGGAGAAGAAAGGGUAUCGGUUUGCUGGGUUGGAGUAUUCGAGGUGAGAGUUUUCCAUAUUUUCUUUCUCUUCUUCUUUUUCGCAAUCCUUCUACUUGGGGUAGGUAGGUAGGAAAAAAGGAAAAGGCGAGCGUUUUGAGACCAAAGAACGAAAGAACGCGGGAAAGGGGAAAGAAUAAACAGUGUUUGAAAAGGAAAGAAGGAAGAGAGAAAGUUAACCAAUCAUGUCCAACCUUCACGCCAAUACAGAGAAUGUUGGUGCGCCUCUCAACUCUUCUCUCUCUCCUCCAAAGUCGCCGAUGCCGAGUGCAACUUGCCCUGUGACGGGGACGAGAGCCAAGUCUGUGGAGGAAAUUUGAGGAUCAGUGUUUACGAUCUGAAAGGUGAUGU